AUGGUGCUGACGCAGCGGCAGCGCGAAUUCCUCGACGGCGCGCUGCGCGUGAACCAGGCGGGCGAGCUGGCGGCGACGCGCAUCUACGCGGCGCAGGCGCCGCUGGUGGUGCGGUCGCACGCGCACCUGCGGCCGCUGAUGCGGCACAUGUACGAGCAGGAGGCCGGGCACCUGGCGUACUUCAACGGGCUGGUGGCGAGGCACGGGGUGCGGCCGACGGCGAUGUACCCGGUGUGGGCGGGGGUGUCGACGCUGCUGGGGUGGACGACGGGGCUGCUGGGCCGCGAGGCGGCGAUGGCGUGCACGGAGGCGGUGGAGACGGAGAUUGGCACGCACUACAACGAGCAGAUCGGCGUGCUGCUGGAGUGGUUUGCGGCGGCGGAGCAGCGCGGCGAGACGGUGGACGGCGAGCUGCGGGCGCUGGUGGGCGAGCUGAAGCGCAUCCGCGACGAGGAGCUGGAGCACCUGGACCACGCGGUGGAGAACGACGCGAAGGCGGCGCGGCCGUACGAGCCGCUGGUGAAUGUCAUCCGGCUGGGGUGCCGGGCGGCGAUCAAGAUCAGCGAGAGGAUAUAA